AUGUCGAAACUCGGCAAUGUCGUGCUGGUCGGCACCAUCGUCGUCCUCUCCGGCCCGCUUGCCCUCGCUGCGAUAUCAACCACCUUUGUCGCGGCAACCCUGCUCCUCCUCUUCGCCGGGGCCGUCUUCGUCCACGCCGUGCUCAAAUCUCUCUAUCAGGUAACUACCUGGCCUUUCUCCACCCACCCGACGACCUUGACGACGACGGCGGUGCCCAAUUCGCCAAGAAGCUCAUCUUUGAAACCUGCCGCAAAGGGACAGGCCGUCACCGCGCCACAUCAUCCACCCUCGCUCGCCAUUAAGACGGGUCGGUGGACGUCUUCAUCCGUGUCAAAGGCAGGCAGCUGCAGUCCGGAGAGCACCGGCUCCGUGACCUCCAGCUACAGCAGGAGCUCCUCCAGCAGUAGCAACGGCGGCAGCAGUAGCAGCACCAGGAGCACCAGCAGUGCCAGCGACGGGGCCAUCGAGCAUGCACAUAUAAUCAACGGGAUCAGCCAAGCCGUCGGCAACGCCGCCAUGAUGGAAGGCAGCCUCCGUGGCGGGCUUAGCCGGAGGAGAAGGCCCGCCGCGAGCCUCAUCGACUUUUACGACGACGAGUUUGACGAUGCCGACUUUGUGGACGAGGUUUACUUUCCAGAAGACGAGGACAUGGACGGGCCGUGGGCCGGCCUGGGCGCAGAGCUAUCGCGCCAUCGUCACCGCAGCUACGACCACACCUUGCUGCGUCGGCAUCGGUCAGCCAGCGUCGCGGGCUUCAUACCUCCGGUGGCGUCAAACAGUUCGAGGAGGAGGGCGUCCAUCGCGGAGCUGCCGUCGGUUUUGCAGUCGGCGACCAUGUCAUCAAUCAGCUAUAGGAGAUCAUCCACACCUGGGAGGCGAAGAGUACGUUUGUCGGAUUAUGGAUUAUAG